AUGCCCACGUCACCGCUCGCCGAUCGCGCGCCGCUGAGCGACGCCGACGCGAACGCGAACGCGAACGAUGAUGGAUUCAUGAGCCACGCGCCGCGCGCCAUCAAAUUACGAAACGUCGCGACGCACCACCCGGUGCGUAAACUCGGCCCGAGCACGGGCGUCGAGGCGAUCUUGGGCGGUGAUGAAAACGCGCCGUUCGCGCAGAACGCGCAGAGGAAGUGGAACGAGAACCGGGCGAGACAGCACGCGGGGGCGAAUCUGUUCGGCGCGGCGUCGCCGGCGAAGCGAGACGCGCGAGAGGAAAGAAUCAAAGAUGCGAAUGGGAAACUCGCGGACGUCGGCGCGAGGUACGACAUCGUGAGCGCGAAGACGUUAACGCUGCAAGAGUUGAGACAGGCGUGCCGGGCGCGAGGGGUGAAUCCUGGGGGAAGUAAGGAUGCGCUGUGCGAACGGUUGGAGGACGCGAUAAAGGCGGGCGCGCCGCCGCUGACGUUAGAUUCGAGACCGACGACGCAACGAAGUGCGAUUGGAGCGGGUGCGCGAUUUACGAGUAAGGCGUGCGAAGUGCGGGCGCCGUCGAUGGCGCAGCGCGAACUGCGCGAGUCGCAACAGAUUUGGCGAAGCCAGCAAAACGGACACGACAUCUUCGGGACGUCCUUCGGCGACGCGGAGACAAAGAAGCGGAAAGUCGUCGAGGGACCGAAGACGACGUUUUCAUUCGAAGCCAUCACGCAGUCGUACGUCGACGAGGGCGCUGUCGCGACGAAGGAGGCCGACGUCGCGCCCAAGCGUGCGAAGCGCGAAGCGCCGGCUUCCACGAAUCCCAUCACCGACGCCUUCGUUGAAGCGCCCAAGGCGGAGGUCGAGACGAUGGCGGACCAUCGCAAAUCGGCGUGGUCGAAUUUCCAAGGCGCGGGUUUGUUCUCCGAACACUGGACGACCGCGGAAGACGAAGCAGCGGCCGACGAGGCGCUCGUGAAAUCAUCCACCACCGAAACCGGCGCGUGGAAGACGCUCGAAGAAGAGCAAGACGAGCAGGACGAAGACGAGGCCGAGGCCAUCGCCGAGCGCGAGGCCGACGAAGCCGUCGCGGCGGCAGAGCGCGAGUUAGCCGAAGAGCUCGCUCGCGAAGAGCAAUCCGACUAG